GACCGAACAAAAACCUGUUCAGAUGCAUACCGAAAUUGGUCACAGUGCAGCGUGAGCUGUGGAAAUGGUAUCCGCAGUCGAUAUCGGUACUGCAGUAAUCCUCCACCUGCCCACGGAGGCAGAGUAUGUCUUGGACCUCACAUACAGCAAGAGUACUGCUCGGCCCCUGUCUGUCCAAGUAAGAAAUAAUUUAUGCAGUUUCACACCAAAAUUACUAUCUAACGACGCUGUUUAAGC